AUGGGCACCCUGGACCGGGAUCGUGACGGGUCACAGCCAUUUCUUCCUCCCCCUCCCCCUCCUCCCCUGGGCCCUUCCGAGGAGCGUCCGUAUCACGCCAAAAGACCCCAUCGCAAGUCUCGCCUGGGCUGUCGUAAUUGCAAGGCUCGCAAGGUAAAAUGCGAUGAGGCCAAACCAAGCUGUCGGAAUUGCACCUUGAGGAAGGACACAUGCAACUACCCGGCCUCACAGAACUCGGCCCCGGCCGGGCCGGCACAGCGCUCCUCGUCUGGAACCGGCGCCGCGCCCCCGGUCCCUGCCCCCAUCCCGCCUUCUACUUCCGCCUCUGCUACCUCAAACUCGGUGCCGUUCUCGUACGGUUCACCACUCUCGGUACGCACGGCCGCUUCCCCGGCUGUCUCGUCCAUAUCGGCCCUGCCCGCCCAUAACUAUUCCCCGGGCCCCCCUACGGACUCUCGCCGCGGAUCCCAAGAUGACGCCUCCAACAGCAGUGGGAGCACCGAGCUCAUCAUUGUCGACGAGCCUCCAGUCAAGCUUGCAGGUGCCGACGAGUACGACAUGAAAUUGUUGUGGUUUUACUCCACGGAGACCUACGCAUCGUUUGCCAUUGAGGCCGGUCGGAUCCCUUUCAUCGAUAGAAUCCUCAAGUCCCACAUCAUCCAGUUCGCCUUUCAGAGCCCUUUCCUAAUGGACUGCAUACUGGGGUUGUCUGCAUUACAUAUGCAGUCACUGCACAUGACGGUGCCUGUAUCUAAGGCAAUCAUGUACAGGGCCCGCGCUUUUUCUGGGUAUCGCAAGGCCAUUGAGAGGGCCGACCCAAAAGACUUCCCGGCUCUCCUCUCCUGCUCCCUUCUCUUGUGCAUGCUCUCGUCCGAAGCCUUCCGAGAGCCCGACAUGAAACCGUUAUAUAUCAUAGACUGGAUGGUGCUGUGGCGUGGGAUCGGCCUCAUCAUGGAACUCAUCCCAAUCGACACAAUUGUCUCGUCAGGCUUGGAGAAGCUCUUCUCACGGCCAGCCUUCAAUCUCAACCAGACGGCUCUGCAUAUCCCUAACAAUCUGUUCUUCAUGAUCACCUCAAUCAAAGAGGACGAUGAAGACUAUCCCUACGUCGAGGCCUAUUACAAUACCCUCAAGUUCCUCGGCGGGCUGUAUCUCGAGUUGGAGACUGGAUUUAGCCCCAUUCUAAGCAUGCGCAUCAUUACCUGGUUCACGUUUCUGCCAAAACCCUUCAUAGAGCUGGGAAGAAAACGUCGUCCACGAGCCCUGGUGAUUCUGGCUCACUACGUUGCCUUCCUGAAGAUGGUUGAAGGUGUCUGGUGGAUGCUUGGAAUUGGGGACCGGAGCAUUCAGGAGAUAAUCGAUUACCUGGGUCCGGAGUGGCAAUCGCUUCUCAGUGUCCCACGGGCUGCGAUGUCCAUCCACGACAAGGUUGAGCUCGCCAAGCUGAUCAGAGGCAACCAUGCCUGGGAGCCAGCCGAAGUCGAUCAAAUCGUGCAACACCCAAACCCAUACCUGCGCACACUCACCAUGGUCAACAACCAAGGUGAGGCGGUUGCAUACGACAAAGAAAAGGGCUGGGUGCCGGCGGCCAGCAAUCCGGAACCCCAGGACCCGGGCUCGCCCGAGUAUCUUACACCACCGUAUAUUUGA